UGCACCAUUCGUGCCCGCCCCGAAGUCCUGUCUCCUUGGCACGUCCAUGGCGCCCACGCAGGAAUCCACGGCUACUAUGCUAGUGCCGCCACCGCCGCCUCACUUCGUUAUCGUCCCCCUCGUGGCGCAGGGUCAUACCAUUCCCAUGGUUGACUUCGCUCGCCUCCUCGCGGAGCGCGGCGCGUGCGUGAGCCUGAUCACGACGCCGGUGAACGGCGCGAGGCUGCGCGGCGUCGCCGAGCAGGCUGCGCGCGCCAAGCUGUCCCUCGAGUUCGUCGAGCUCCCGUUCCCGACGGACUUCGACGGCCUGCCCCCGGGCAUCGAGAACGUGGACCAGGUCACGGACAACAACCACUUUGUCCCCUUGUUCGAGGCCCUGCGGAAGCUCGCCGGCCCGCUCGAGGCCUACUUGCGCGCGCAGGCGCCGCGCCAGAGCUGCAUCAUCUCCGACUGGUGCAACCCGUGGACGGCCGUCGUGGCCAGACGCCUCGGCAUCCCUCGGCUGUUUUUCCACGGGCCGUCGUGCUUCUACUCGCUCUGCGACCUCAACGCCGUUGAUCACGGGCUGCACCAGCAGACCGCGGCGGCUGACGACCACGAGAAGUUCGUUGUGCCGGGCAUGCCGGUGCACGUGGAGGUGACAAAGGCCACGGCGCCAGGCUUCUUGAACUCGCCCGGGUGGGAGGCGCUCUGGGCCGAGGCCGAUGAGGCCAUGCGCACGGCCGACGGAGCGGUGGUGAACACGUUCUUGGACCUCGAGGACCAGUUUGUGGCAUGUUAUGAGGCGGCGCUCGGCAAGCCGGUGUGGACGCUCGGGCCGUUUUGCCUCUCCAACCGGGAUGCCGAUGCCAUGGCGUCGCGCGGCAACAAGUUGGACAUCCAGCAGAGCGCGGUCACCGUGUGGCUCGACACGAUGGACACGGACUCCGUCGUUUACGUCAGCUUCGGCAGCCUCGCGCGGAAGCUUCCGAAGCUGCUGUUUGAGGUCGGCCACGGCUUGGAGGACUCCGGCAAGCCGUUCAUCUGGGUGGUGAAGGAAACCGAGGCGGACGCGCCGGAGGUGCAAGAAUGGCUCGAGGCCCUGGAGGUGCGCACGGCGGGGCGCGGCCUCGUGGUGCGCGGGUGGGCGCCGCAGCUCGCCAUCCUGUCGCACCGCGCCGUCGGGGGCUUCGUCACCCACUGCGGAUGGAACUCGCUGCUGGAGUCCAUCGCGCACGGCGUGCCGCUGGUGACGUGGCCGCACUUCGCCGACCAGUUCCUGAACGAGCGGCUGGUCGUGGGCGUGCUCGGCGUGGGCGUAGCGGUCGGCGUGACGGCGCCCGUGAUGAUAUUCGACGACGAGGCCGUGCAGGUGGCGCGGGGAGACAUCGUGCGGGCGGUGUCGGCGCUGAUGGGCGUAGAGGAGGAGGCCGACGAGCGGAGGAGGAAAGCCAAGAAGUACGGGGAGAAAGCUCACAGGGCCAUGGAGAAAGGAGGGUCGUCGUACGAAAACCUGACGCAGCUGAUCGAAAGCUUCAGGCAAAGUGGAGGCAAAGAAGGCUAAUCUGUAACACAGUGCAUGGAGCACGUCAAAAGAACAGAAGAAAUGGCAGUGUGGAUGCAGAAGCUUUGCAUUAUUGUUCAUUACUAGCAGUUUUCUGUCAUGUAAGAAUCGGUUAUGAUUCAUGCGCGUGUCACUUCUUUUCAUUAUUCACUCAAUCUUAAUUUUCAUGCUUCAAACAGUAGCAGUAAUAUCUGAUGAUUCUGUGUAGAAGUUUCGCACUCUAACUCGAAACGGAUUUCGGUUUCACGGGCGCGUCCAACCGUACC